UGCCGUUGUGGGCUACCGGUGCGACGCUCCUGGCAUCCUAGACCUGGCGCCGUAGAACCCCCAGCUGCUGCGGCGAGGUAUCUAUCCAUAUGGCUUCGCAGCUCGCCGCGCUCGUCUCGAGGCCCCUCCCCCUAUUCGCCGCCGCCGCCGUCCUGCGCGCUGCCCUUCUCGUCUACGGGCUGUGGCAGGACGCCCACUCGCCCCUCAAGUACACCGACAUCGACUACCUCGUCUUCACCGACGCCGCGCGCUUCGCCUUCGCGCCGUCCGCCGGCCUCGACCCGGGGCCCCCUUCGCCCUACGCCCGGGAGACCUACCGCUAUACCCCGCUGCUGGCCUGGCUCCUGUACCCGACCGCCCACCCGGGCCCCGUCUGGUUCUCCUCCGGCAAGGUCCUCUUCGCCGCCGCCGACCUGCUGGCCGGUUACCUUGUCUUGCUUCUGCUCCGGGCGGGGCGCAUGCCUACCGACCGCGCCUGUCGGUACGCGAGCAUCUGGUUGCUGAACCCCAUGGUGGCCACCAUCAGCACGAGGGGCAGCUCCGAGGGCCUGCUGGGCGUACUGGUCAUGGCCCUUGUGUGGGCCGUGGUCCAGAGGAGGACCGCGCUCGCCGGCGUGCUGCUGGGGCUGGGCGUCCACUUCAAGAUCUACCCUUUCAUCUACGCGCCGGCGAUCGUGUGGUGGAUGGAUGCUGAACGGAUGGACGCCGGAGCCGACGCGAAUCGGGGUGCGAGAGGGGCCCAGGGCGAGGGGGGGCGGGCUGUGGGCCCUUUGGGCAAGAUGCUGGCGUUCGUCACGCCGGCGCGCGUUACGCUGGCGGUGGUCAGUCUGGCCACCUUCCUCGGCUUGAAUCUCGUCAUGUACGGCCUCUACGGCGAGCCCUUCGUAGCUCAUACGUUCCUGCACCACGUCACUCGUAUCGACCACCGCCACAACUUCAGCCCCUACAACAUCCUCCUCUACCUCGCCUCAGCGCGGCCGAGUCCCGCUCCGCUGAGAGUCGAGUCGGUGGCCUUCCUACCGCAGCUGUUGCUAUCUACAAUCCUCAUCCCCCUGGUCGGGGCGAAGAAGGAUCUGCCGACCACAAUGCUGGCCCAGACCUUCGCCUUCGUGACUUUCAACAAGGUCUGCACAAGCCAGUACUUCCUCUGGUACAUGGUUCUCUUACCGCUGUACUUGCCCAACUCGUCGCUCCUGCGCAGGCCAACCGUCGGCCUGUCAGCCCUCGUGCUCUGGGUCGCGACCCAGGCCCUGUGGCUGCAGCAAGCCUACGGCCUGGAGUUCCUCGGCCUGAGCACCUUCGCCCCAGGCCUGUGGGCGGCCUCGCUAGCGUUCUUCCUCGCCAACUGCUGGAUCCUCGGCAUCAUCAUCGGCGACAUACGGGGGUGCCCGCCCGGCCACGACGCCGAGAAGAGACGAUACGAAUCUAGUUAAGAUACGAAUCUAGUUAAGGCUGCCGUGUCGUUGCGGAAUGCGACGUUACCCGCAAAUAUCGCUCGCUCACACCGAACGUGACGUGGUAGACGAUUACUGCUAUUACCACGUCAAAUCACCCCGCUGCGCUUCGUCAAAUUUGCCGAAAACCGGCACUACGUACGCUUCGGAGGGUUUUGGUACCUCUUCCUCCGUAGUGUUUUUACUGUAAUACAGUAAAGCUACGAGUAAUAGGCUCUUCUUUAAAGGCCAAGGGAAGC